AGUCGUCAUGGGUCUUCUCUCCUGGUGGAAAGGCGGCGACUCCAAACCCAACAACCCGGAUCCGAAACCGGUCGAGGUUCCGGGCAUGAACGGCGCCGUUGAGGUUCCCCGACCCGCCGCCAAAGUCACCGUCUUUGAGUUCGGGUCGGUCGCCGCUUCCGCAGAUAAGGUCACUCUCGCCGGGUACUGCCCCGUCUCGGAGGAGCUCGAGCCCUGCCGCUGGGAGAUCCUCUCCGCGAGUGGCUCCGACGCGCCGCAGUUCCGCGUGGUGUUCUGAGCGCCUU